GCUUUUAUUAACUAAUUGAUACAAUAAUUGAUUGUUCAUGUGUAUACGUAUAGGAAAGCAGAGAAGGAUUUUAUAAUAUAUUUGCAGCAUAAAUGUAGAAAAUAUGUAUAUGAAAUAGAGAUAUGGGUAAAUAGGCAUUGUAAUAAUAUAUAAAUAGAUUAUUUGUAUUUUAUCAUGAAUCAGCAUUUUAUUCAAAGGGUUAGAUAAACUUCCCCAAAGUAAACAAAGUAUAAAUGAUAUAUUUAGCUUGGCACAUAGAUUUUAUUGAAUUUGAUUUGCAAUCGGUCUGAGGCAUUCUAAUUAUUGGAGCUAUAUUAAGCUUCCAGACUGGAUUCAAAUCACUGAGUUCUCAUCAAUUCUCUACUACCUCCUCAGUAGAUUUAUCACUCAGGGGAGAGCAAAGUCUUCCUAGUAAUGGUGAAAGUACCAAGUUAUAAAUAGUGUUUGCACAGCAGACAUCAAGGCAAAUUUGACCUUAAUUUAUGAGGGUUUGAUCUCCCAGCUUGUGGGUUGGUUUCUGAACAUUUCUUUACUGGGCUGGGUAACAUCUUGAGCGGAGUUUAGGGGAUCUCAUCCUACACCUGAGACGUCAAGGGGAGCCACCUUUGGAGAAUGGAAUGCUUCCAUAUCUUGGCUGUGCUUUACAGUUUGGGGCCAAUCCUCUCAAAUUCCUCAGGGAAAGACAAAAGAAGCAUGGUCCUACUUUCACAUGCCAAUUGGCUGGAAAAUAUGUUCAUUUCCUUACAGAUCCUUUCUCCUAUCAUGCAGUGAUGCAACAAGGAAGAAACUUGGACUGGAAAAAAUUCCAUUUUGCAACUUCAGCAAAGGCCUUUGGACACGCAAGCAUUGAUCCAAGCGAUGGAUUCACUACUGAGAAUAUGCACCAUACCAUCAUAAGAAAAUUGCAGGGUAAUGCCUUAACAUUUCUCAGUGAAACUAUGAUGGAGAACCUGCAUUAUGUCAUGGUGGAGUCAAGUGCAGAAAAAAUGAAUCUCAAUGACUGGGUCACUGAUAAGCUUUAUGAAUUCUGCUAUCGUGUGAUGUUUGAAUCUGGGUUUUUAACACUUUUUGGUACAGAAUUUAAUACACAUCAUGAGAAGGUCCUUGCUUCUAGUCAACAAGCCCAGAGAGCACGUAUCCUCAGUACCCUAGAGAACUUCAAGGAAUUUGACCAAAUCUUCCCAGCUCUUGUAGCUGGUCUUCCAAUCCAUCUAUUUAAAAAUGCCUACAGUGCACGAGAGAAGCUAGCUGAGGCUCUGCUCCAUGAGAACCUUAAAAAAAGAGAAAACAUUUCUGAACUCAUUUCUCUCCGUAUGUACUUGAAUGAUACAUUGUCCACCUUUGAUGAUAUGGAUAAAGCAAAGACACAUCUUGCAAUCCUGUGGGCAUCGCAAGCUAACACAAUACCUGCUACAUUUUGGAGUUCAUUCUAUCUUAUUAGGAAUCCCAGUGCAAUGAAAGCAGCUACAAAAGAGGCUGAAAGAGUGCUAAAAGAUGCUGGUGAAAAGAUCUGUUCAAGCAGGAAGCCCAUUUGGUUGAAUCAAAAACAACUAGAUGACAUGCCUAUAUUAGAUAGCAUUAUAAAAGAAGCACUAAGACUCUCCAGUGCAUCCAUGACAGUCCGAGUUGCAAAGAAAGAUUUCAUUUUGCAAUUGGGCAGCGAUUCCUACAAUAUCCGCAAAGAUGACAUCAUAGCUGUUUAUCCCCAGCUGUUGCAUCUUGAUCCCGAAAUUUAUCCUGAUCCACUGACAUUCAAAUUUGAUCGUUAUCUUGGAGAAAAUGGAGAAGAAAAAACUUUCUAUCGUAAUGGUUGCAAACUAAAAUAUUAUUAUAUGCCAUUUGGAACAGGAUUGGCAAAAUGCCCUGGAAGAUGGUUUGCUAUUAAUGAAAUCAAACAAUUUCUGACUUUCUUGCUUUUCUAUUUUGAAGUGGAACUAAUUGACAAGAAUGUAAAAUGCCCUUCUUUGGAUCAAUCGCGAGCUGGACUUGGUGUUUUGCAGCCUUCAAAUGAUAUAGAGUUCAAGUACAGAUUAAAACUUCCAUGAACAUAAAGAGAACUAUUAUAUCUUAGCAUCAGUCCUCCAAAGAGGUAGAAAUAUCCAUCAAGUAAGGGUAUUUCAAUAUACUAGAAAAAAAUGAGACAGUUUGGAGAAACUGCUAUCAUUGUUUUAUAUGGUUGUACAGGAAAUAUUUCCCAAUGUAAAUCAGAUUUCUGGACUGAUGCUUGUGAGCGCUAGAGCUACUUCAGUCCACUAAAAGUGCUUGUAUUGGUUUUGAGACCAGAUCAGAGUAAAGGGAAAAGAUGAAAGAAUGGUUGACCGUUCGUAACCCCAAAGCCUUCCAGAUUGAAGUUAGAGACAAGAUUUCUUCACCACAUUUUGAAAAGCAGUGGAACAAUCUUGCACCAUGCUGCCUUUUACGUAAAUAAAACUUGCAAACAUAAGGUCACGGUUAGACUUUAGAACACUGAUAAAAU